AUGAUCAAUCAUCAAGACUUGGACAAUGCUACUGGGCUUGAGAAAGCUGAGGUGAAACAUGCUGAAGAUGCUGUUGCUAUCCAGGAUCACCAGACCACGACGUGGGAAUGUGCUCGGAAGAACCCAAAAGCGAUACUUUGGGCUCUUUAUGCGAACUUGGGAGCCACUCUGGUCGGCUAUGAAAAUCUUGCACUUGCCGUCUGUCUGGCAUUGCCCGCAUUCCAGAUGAAGUUUGCGAGCGAGGUUGACGGGCAUCUUAUUAUCCCCGCUUACUGGCAGUCCCUCUGGAACGCGACUUACAACAUUAUGCAACUCUUCGGUUCGGUCUCAGCUGGCUUCAUUCAAGACAGGAUCGGUCGGCGGGCAGUCUUCCUUCUUGGUGUUAUAAUUGUAUCGUGUGGAAUCACUCUUGCAUAUGUGGCCGAAACACCGGCACAGUUUAUGGGGGCCAAAAUUAUCUCGGGAUUCGCUGUUGGUGCGUUCCAGUCAACAACACAGACUUAUGUCUCUGAGAUAACCCCUCUACCCUUACGUGGGAUCGCACUAUCCCUCAACAUUCUCAUGAUGAAUGUGGGUUUUCUCAUUGCCAUAUCAACAACCUACGCGAGAGUCACAAUCAUGGACGAAUCCGCAUUCCGAGUCGUAUUCGCCGCGGCCUGGGCCUUUCCCGGACUUCUCGCCCUUGGUCUUCCAUUCCUACCCGAGUCACCAUACUAUCUCAUCAUGAAGAACAAACCCGAACAAGCCUUGAAACAUUUGGCCAAGCUAUGCUCAGCGGAUGAAGAUCUUGAAGCUCGUCUCAGGCAUAUGGAAGAAACCGUCGAGGCGGAACGACUCAUCAAUUGCGAGAAAGCGUCUUUUCUGGAAUGUUUCAAGGGGAGCAACUGGCGCCGCACACGGAUCAUCCUGAUCUGCAUGUAUAUGCCACAGAUCGUAGGUGCCAGCUUGUCAUCUAAUGCCCCAUACUUCCUAAGCCAGACAGGCCUCGGUAGCGGUUUGAUCAUCAAGCUGAUGCAGAUUGGCCUUGUGGUAUCGAUCCUGUCAUCGCUGGUCAAUAUCUACAUGAUGAGUCUCUUCCGACAUAGACCACUCAUGUUUGUCGGCAUGUCUACUUGUGCCAUUAUCUAUCUGAUCAUGGGCGUGGCGGCAUCUUGUCCUCAAUCCGAAAAGACUCUGUUGGCUAUUGGAAUUGUCAUGCAGUGCACAUGCCUUGCAUAUGGUCCAGCUGUUGGCUCGAGUCUUGCUGUUGCUGGUGAGGUUUCUGCAUCCAGGUUGAGGGCCAAGUCGCAAGGAAUUGCGUUUGGAUUCCAAGCUAUAACCAGUACUGUAUGGGUGACUAUUCUUCCCUAUAUGUUCAACAAGGAUGAGGGAAACAUGGGCGGACAUAUUGGUUGGGUCUUCUUUGGUAUGACUGUUUUGACGAUGCUGGCUGUCUAUUUCGAUGUCCCUGGCACGAAGGGCAGGACAUUUCAUGAGCUUGACAUUAUGUUUGAGAAAAAGAUUCCAGCUCGUCAUUUUGAGCACUAUAAGAGGGAGUAG